AUGUCCCCCAUCAUGCUCGUCAAGCUCAAAACAUCCAACACGCCAAACAUGGCAAUACUCAAACUCUACGACCGACGGUUUGGAUCUUCGCUUCGGAGGAGAAAGAAAGGCAAACAACUUCCGUGCCGUGUUCAAGACGAAGCUGCUUUUCGCUCUUUCGUCGAUGGUGGCGAUAUCGGUCCUUCCAUGGGUGAGAUGGAAAAGGAUCGUCACACGGAGCUACUCCCCAACUCGGCGGCUGAUUGGAGACUGGAGACUGGGGGACAAGCCAAGUUUGAAGCGGCUUUGUGGUGGGAGGCCAGAACGCACUUUGAGACGGAGGUUGAGGCGUACAAGCGUCUCAAGGAUCUCCAGGGCGUUUUCAUUCCCCGUCUGUGUGCCUCUGUUCGCUUCUCACCUAUUAGUUCUAGCGCCAGCAAAGACAUCGAUUAUUACUAUACUGUCAUCGGUAUUCUUCUCCAGUUCAUUCCCGGAUGGAGCCUCUGGGAUCUGCCCGAAUCACCCUCCUCGCUAACCUCGCAGCGGGAAUGGACCUCGAUCGUGCAGCGCGUUGUUUAA